AUGUUCACCUUCUGCCCGCUUCAAGGCGCGCUGUCCGAGUCCACGGCGUCGCAGUCACUCUUGGAGCUUGAUGGGGGAGUCAAAGUCCUCGUCGGUCUCGGCUGGGACGAGACUUUUGACCUUGGGAAGCUAGAGGAGCUGGAAAAACAAGUGCCAACUCUCUCCUUGAUCCUCCUCACCCAUGCAACAGCCUCCCAUCUCGCUGCCUACGUCCACUGUUGCAAAAACUUUCCAUUAUUUACUCGUAUACCCGCCUAUGCGACUCGACCCGUCAUCGAUCUUGGCCGAUCUCUGAUUCAAGACCUCUAUUCUUCAACGCCCGCCGCCUCCACCACCAUUCGCCAAACUUCUCUAUCCGAGAUAGCCUACGCCUACACACAAACAGCCGCCACGGCGCAGAACCUCCUGUUGCAGUCGCCUACUCCCGACCAGAUUGCCCGAUACUUCUCCCUGAUCCAACCCCUCAAAUAUUCUCAACCGCACCAACCUCUCCCGUCUCCGUUCUCACCGCCGCUGAAUGGGCUUACCAUCACCGCAUACAAUUCCGGACACACUCUCGGAGGUACCAUUUGGCAUAUACAACAUGGUUUGGAGUCAAUUGUUUAUGCGGUGGACUGGAACCAGGCACGAGAAAAUGUCUUUGCAGGCGCAGCCUGGCUUGGAGGGGCGGGAGGCGGCGGCGCCGAAGUAAUAGAACAGCUUCGCAAGCCUACAGCCCUCAUUUGCAGCAGCCGCGGUGCACAGAAAUCGGCACAGACUGCCGGCCGCGCCAAACGAGACGAACAGUUACUCGAGACGAUCAAAACCUGUGUUACCAAGGGAGGUACCGUGUUGAUACCUGUUGAUUCUAGCGCCAGAGUCCUGGAAUUGUCCUAUCUUCUCGAACAUGCGUGGAGAGCAGACGCGGCCUCCGAUAAUGGUGUCCUGACCUCGGCCAAGUUGUAUCUUGCUGGCCGGAACAUGUCGAGCACCAUGCGAUACGCCAGGAGCAUGCUGGAAUGGAUGGACGAUAACAUCGUUCAGGAAUUCGAAGCUUUUGCCGAGGGUCAACGGAAGGCGAAUGGAGCUGUUGAAAAAAAAGAAGGCGGACCAUUUGACUUUAAAUAUCUUCGACUCCUGGAGAGAAAGGCACAGGUUUCAAAGCUUCUGGACCAGGUGGCCUCUGCCCAAGGUGAGGUAGCAAAGGGACGGGUGAUUCUUGCAAGCGAUACGAGCAUGGAGUGGGGUUUCUCCAAGGACGUCUUGAAGGGGCUUGCCAAGGACCCAAACAAUCUUGUCAUACUGACGGAUAGGCCGACCAUUGCCAAGGAUGAUAGGCCCUCAAUAGCGAGAACUCUAUGGGAAUGGUGGAGGGAGAGAAAGGACGGAGUGUCUGUGGAGCAGACUAGCACCGGCGACAAUAUCGAAACAGUCCAAGCAGGUGGCCGAGAGCUGGAGAUUCGCGAGGCCUCCCGGCAAGCGCUUGAAGGCGACGAACUUGCCGUGUAUCAACAGUGGCUGGCUACCCAACGGCAGCUUCAAGCAACCCAGCAGACAGGCACUGCUGGGUCUCUUGACGGCCCAACUGAUGUUGUCGAUGACGCCUCUUCAGAGUCAUCUUCAGACUCUGAAGACGAAGAUGGUCAGCAACAAGGGAAGGCACUGACGGUCUCAGCCACCUUGGGCCAAGCAGGCCGAAAGAAUGUUAUUCUCAAGGAUGAAGACCUGGGCAUCAAUAUUCUCAUCAAGCGUAAGGACGUCUACGAUUUUGACUCGCGUGGCAAGAAGGGUCGAGAGCGAUGCUUCCCAGUGGCCAUUCGGAGAAAGAGAAAUGACGAUUUUGGCGAAUUGAUUCGACCCGAAGACUAUCUCCGAGCUGAAGAGAAGGAUGAAGACAAUGCCGAUGGCAGUCAUCUGGCUUUGGACGACGACAAGCUAGGCAAGAAGAGAAAGUGGGAUGAUGUCAUCAAAGGCGCAAACGGCCCCAAUAAGCGACCUCAGCCUGGCAAGGGUGUUGCUGAAGAUGGUGAUGACGGCAUCAGCGCAGACGGCCAUGCAGCCGACGAUCUAGACGAUGUAGAAGACACAGAACCCGAAGAGCCGGCGGGUCCCUGCAAGCUGGUUUAUACCACUGAAACGAUCCAGGCCAAGCUGCGCAUCGGCUUCGUCGAUUUCAGCGGCCUCCACGACCGCCGAAGUUUAGACAUGCUCAUCCCCCUCAUCCAACCCCGCAAACUCAUCCUCGUCGGCGGCAACCACGAAGAGACUAUGAGUCUCGCGGAAGACUGCCGCGCCGCCCUCGGCAUGGACGGCGAUAAAGCCGUCGACGUCUUCACCCCUUCGGUCGGCGUCUGGGUUGACGCGAGCGUCGACACCAACGCCUGGGUCGUGAAGCUCGCGGACCCCCUCGUCAAGAAACUCAAGUGGCAGAACGUACGGGGCCUAUCCAUUGUCACUAUCAGUGGGCAGCUCCUCGCGACCAAUACCACGGCCGAGGCUACUGAACCCAGUGAUGAAGACUCCUCCAAUAAGCGCCAAAAGACGGAGCCUUCCACCGCCGUGGCCCUCACGUCCACGGCUCUCGCAAACUCUUCGGGCGUCCUGCCUGUCCUCGACGUCAUCCCUUCGAAUCUCGUGUCGGCUGCCAGGACGGCCGCGCAGCCUCUGCACGUAGGAGAUUUACGACUUGCCGACUUGCGAAGGGCUAUGCAGGGAUCCGGGCACGGAGCCGAGUUCAGAGGAGAAGGUAUCCUCGUUAUCGACGGGUCAGUGUCUGUACGCAAGACCGCAGAAGGGAGAAUCGAGGUGGAGAGCGUGGGAUUGCCAGUUGUGGGAAGGAGGAAUACGCUCUAUGAAGUCAAGAGGGCCAUCUAUGAUAACCUGGCUGUUGUGGCCGGGGCAUAA